AUGGCGCCUCAAGAUGACUCAGGGGCAAGUGUUGCAUCAUCGGCCCUUUCAUCUCCCCCGGAAAGCAUCGUCGACCCCAAAGAGGAUAUAGACACCCUGAUCAGCCCGGUUACCCAUGAAAACUCAGGAAUUGCAGAGCAGUUGGAGAAGAUCGGUGUGAGCACAGAACUGCCAAAAGACAAUUCUGAGGACCCAGAGCCCAGCAUCGAAGUCAACAUGGAUGGAAAACGGCCCCAUCGGGCAGCCUUCAACAAGACCACCACAUCCACGGCCAAGAAACCGAAGAUGAGAAGCAAAAAGUGGGAUCCCGAUUUCUUGCUGGAAGAUCCAGCCUCAGCUCUUACUAAGGUCGAUCUUCGAGCUCUACUAUCACAUCCAGACGCCUGGACAGUCCUCACCGCACAGGAAAAGAAGGAGAUCUUGGCAAAAUUUCCCGAUGAGCAACACAUCCUCAACGCCGGGACUGAGGACGCUUGUCCCAAUAUUCAGUCCUUGCGAAACGACGACAACUUCCGCCACGACGUGGCUCGUUUCCAGGAUGCUAUUGCCAAUGGACAGCUCGAUCCCCAGUGGUUGCAGGAGGCUUGGAUUGCUCACGAGAGACGUGAGACCGGCGAAUUCGAUGAAUUCAAGAUCAAGAAAUUCGAAAGUGACUGGGGCGUGGAACUGCCGGUGGAGUACAAGCUGGCAAAGGUCCUACCACCGCAACAGUCAGAGAUGCCGACUACCAAUUAUCAGUCUGAGGCCCCCGAUGAGCUUUCCGGAGAAGUCACCGAUGUCAACAGCGAAGUCAUUGCCAAAGGUGCAGACGGUAACAUCUCCGAGGCGGCUAAGCCCGUCGAGACGAUGGGCGUUGACUCGACCGAGAACGCGUGA